CUUUACUACAGACUGGACAGCACUGGCUACGGAUUAGGCUAGGUUUCAUACCCAUCCUUGAUUGGCUGAAGCCUGUGAGGGAAGCCGUGGCUUUUGCCUUUGCCGUAGCCCCGCAGGGUAUAUUUAGUAGGUAGCCGACCCUCGGCACGACGCGCCGUGCGUGUGGCCGGGCGGGCAGUCUCUGGGGUGGGAGGAUGCUGCGCGGGACCCCCGGCCGCCCGCUGCGGGAGGGGGAGGCUCUCGGCAUCCUGAAAUCCCGGCAUGCCGGGGCACCGAGUCGCUGUGCAGCGGUGUCAGGGGACGAGCAUGGCUGUUCUCUGCCUCUCAGGGAGAAAGGAAGAGUUUUGCUGUUGUGAGCCAAGAGAUAAAGCAGUAGAGCAGUGUAAGUACAGUCCUCUGGAGUGGAUAGGGAGAACCCCGCUGAGGAGGAAAGCCCCAUCUCUCUGCUGAGACUCAGUGUUCAGCAUGCAGCAACUCCACUCCUUGCCCUUCCCCACACCCUGGUAUCUUGGGAUAGGGGGACUGCACUGCUUGUGCCCAGACAGGAUCCAGUUGUUUCCCUUGUCCCUGCGGGAGCGCCACCUGUCUUCCUCCUCUCCAUUUGCUGCCUGGGAAAUUCCCUCUGCUAUACGGGAGAUUCUCUGAUGGAUUACAAUCUCAGCAAACUCUAACUCCAGAGGAAGAAUGACAACUAAGAGACUUAAACCAGACUUUUUACUUUCCUGGAGAGGAACUGGCUCACAGUAUUCGGUGUUUUUUUAAUCCUCUACCUCCCUCUGCUGUUAUCACAGCGAAGUUCCUCAACAAUGGGAAGUCAUGUACUUGCAGCUUCAAUUUCCAUGCUCUCGCUCCUGGCAAUGAUGGGAGACACGGACAGCAAACCAGACAGUUCCUUUAUGAUUGACACCGAUCCCAGCCGCUGCAUGAGGCAUCAUUAUGUGGACUCCAUCAGCCAUCCCCUGUACAAGUGCAGCUCAAAGAUGGUGCUGCUGGCUCGCUGUGAAGGACGUUGCAGCCAGACAUCGCGCUCGGAGCCAAUGGUGUCCUUCAGCACUGUCCUAAAGCAGCCUUUCCGCUCCACUUGCCACUGCUGCCGGCCCCAGACCUCUAAGCUGAAGGCCAUGCGGCUGCGCUGCUCAGGUGGCAUGAGGCUCACCGCCACAUACCGCUACAUCCUCUCCUGCCACUGCGAGGAAUGCAACUCCUAGGGACGCGCCUGCUGCAGUGCUGCAGGACCGGGAUGCUGCUGCUGGGGAGGGCUCCCAAGAAGUGACUGGAGAUGAGGCCGACAGUCCCAGGACACAACUAACUGGGAUGGAUAGAGCUGAGAGAUAACGAGGAAUAUCUCCUGGGGCCUGAAUGGUUCUGGUACCAAUCUGUGGCAAUGGCAAAAGCACGUGGACUUGGUUUUAAGCAACCUUUCUUUUUUGCUGAAAGGAUAUUUUUGCCAGUUUCUCCUUUUUCAGGCCCAGCUCAUGAUUUACUUUGGGCCCCAAGCAGUAACAGCUCAACAUAGAACGCUGGAGGGGCAGCAGCACUGUGCACUGGAAGCUAGCUUCCAGACAGAUCAUGGGCAUUGGUUCUCACAUACAACAUCUUCACUUGUCUGUAUUCUCAGACUCCAGGCUACAUCAGCCUUCACGCAAACUGUGUCGUUGGCAAGGGCUACCCACUGCUGAUUUAUCAGCCAAGUGCUGGAUAGCUUUAACCUGUGGUUUAGCAGAAAUUACAAAUAAAUCACUGAAAAGUGAACCUAAUGCAAAAUGUACCCCUGGGAUUACCCAGCGCCAGCUGAAAAGAUUAUUUGCAGUAUACAGCUUCACAGUUGAGUGGUUGAGGGACUCUUGAGAAGUGUAAGGUCAUGAGGCAUUAUUCCCCUCUAAAAGCAUGUACAUGUGACACAUUACAUCUGUCACAAAAGCCAUUAUUCAAACACUAAAAACUAAACAAGAAAUAAAAUGAUGCAUACUAAA